UUUCCAAACAGACAACCGCAUCACCCGAACAUACAACCGCAUAUUACAAAGACAGUAUUGGAACAAUAUUACCAACCGCCGUCAUCACAUCAAAGCAACUCGAAACCUGAACAUCGCUCUCACUCAGAAACAGGAUCCUCGCUAUCAUCAUCUCGAAGUGCCGACUUUGGCUCAUAUUCAGAGAAAACGUUUCUGGAUCGGCAACUGAACGGUCAUUCUACGUUAUCAACUGAAAUUGCUUACCUUCCUUCGAGUAUUACUUCACCUGUGGGAUACGAGAAAUAUAAGCGACUGGGGCCGGAUGGAGAAGAGUCAGAAUUUACAGACGAUAAGACUGGAAUGGAAAUUCUUCAGGAGCUUGAUAGCGCACUAGAAGAAGACGAACAAAUGUCACUGGAAGAUAUCCGGAAAGGAGCUAAGGACACGGACUUAUCGUUCAGACAAUAUGCGACACAGACAUAUGAUUUGCUGAUACCAGAGCCUGCAAUCGAUUACGAUCAUCAGACACGUCACAAUCAUCGAUUUCUGAUCAACUGUUCGUUAGUUUGCAAAUAUGUGAUUUCCUGA